AUGCCGAACGUGUUCAAGGUGAAUACAAGCCAGAGACGAUUUUUCACAUGCUGCGGUAAACUACACGUAAAGUUAGCAUUCCUUCUUAUAAUAGCGAUCACGAUUGUGGCUGAAGUUUUGGAGACGCUAUCAUACGUGAUGAACGGUUGGUCGGAAGGAAUGAAUCUUCUUGCUUAUGCCCUAGAAGUUUGGGAGUAUAUUGUGACACUAACAAUGAUACUCGCCCUAGUACAUGAAAGCACCUUCUUUCUACUGCCAUAUAUCGGUGAAAUGGUAAGUCAACAACCACCACCUGUCAUAGUUUUCGCAAUUCUCGUAUUCGUUGCGUUUUUUACUGGUGUAGCAAUGUGGUUUCUGAAUGUCGGGCUGUCAACUUACACAUACUUCGACUAUAUUGCUCACAAAAAAAAUAGACGGCCUACACGUCUUGGUGAUGAACCAGCUCCAGCCCUUGUUCAAUCGGAUGCUCUUUCGCGCAGUUCUGCUGCAGUGACGAUAUCAUUCCCCAACCCGAACUUCAGCAACAACUCCGAUGAGGACGACGAGGUUUUCGACAGAGGAGUCCACCCACCAGUAGCUACUGUUUGA